UAAACUAAUGAAAAUAUGAUUAUUCCUUGCUGAACUGUCGAACUGUUUAAAGUGUGUGUAGGAAUCAAUUUAAUUCUAUAAAGAAUACACGCAAUUUUAUUGUCUAUCUGUAUUAAUAUAUACCAUUUUUAUACUUGAAUUUGUUUUUCUUGAAUAUUGAACAAUAAAAAAUGGUGUCCGGUGGAAUGGCUUGCAUCAAAUACCUGACGUUUCUUUUCAACCUAAUAUUCGCAAUAACUGGAAUUGUAUUUAUUGCUGUUGGUACUGUGAUCCUAGUAGUUUACAGUGGCUAUAAUAAUUUUAUGGAUAGUUGGUUCUUUGCAGCACCAAUAUUGAUAAUUAUAGUAGGUGUUAUUGUAUUUAUUGUGUCAUUUUUUGGUUGUUGUGGUGCAGUCAAAGAAAAUCAUUGUAUGAUAAUAACGUUUUCUGUAUUACUCCUCUUAAUCUUUGCACUUGAACUUGGUGCUGGGAUUGCUGGAUAUAUGAUGCGUGGAGAUGUACAUACAAUGGUAGAAAAUCGAUUAAAUAUUACUAUGGGAGAAUAUGUAACCAAUGAUGAUAUUCAUAGGUCUUGGGAUAUUAUGCAACAUGAUUUACAAUGUUGUGGAAUAAUUGGUGCAACAGACUGGGCUCAUGUUGGAUUCUCAGACAAUAUUGUACCAAAUUCUUGCUGUAAAGAAGUACCAGAAGGAAAUAAAUGUGAUUCAAAUUCAAUUCAUAUACAUUCAAAUGGUUGUAUGAACAAUCUUCAAUCUGCUAUUGAGCAUAAUGCUUUGAUUUUGGGUGGUGUAGGCAUCGGUAUUGCUGUUAUUCAGUUAAUUGGUGUAAUCUUUGCAUGUUGUCUGGCACGUUCAAUUCGCCGUGAAUAUGAAACUGUCGAGACUGCAGCGCACUGAUUCAACACCGAAUAGGAGGCAUUAUAACUAAAUAUUAUUCGUCGUGCAUUCAUUAAGAGAAUAAUUCUAGAGUCGUCGCAAGACCAUUUAUUUAGAAUAUGGCUGUAGAUUAAUCAAUAUUUAUCUGCAGUCUAGAUUAAGAAAAAAGAAAAUUAUUGGAGAAUAUAAUUCUAUGUACUGCCAUUAUCUGCCAAAUGAUUGAAACCAAAUAUCUUUUUCUUAAACUAUACUAUUUCUGAAAUUAAAACUUAUGGCAUGAAAACAUGAAAAAGACUUAAAAAGCUCACUAUAUAUUUGACUUGAUGUUUGCUGUAAUCCAAAAUUGCAACAUUUCUCAAAAUUUGAAAACAAAAUCUUUCAAAUUUUAAUUAUAAAUCUAAAAUUGAUUUCAACUAUUAUUAUAAAACAUAUAUUUUCUGCAUAUAUACUCAGAGCUGGAUAUUUUGUUUUAAAUAAAUAUUUUGUUUCUAAUUUUAUUAAUUUAGUUAAUUUAAAAUAAUAAGUUUCUUAGAUAAGUAAUAUUUUAUUUUUUAUAAUUAUUUUUAUUAAUAUUUUAUGUUAAACAUUAAUAAUAAAACGAAGUAAAAAUAUUGAAAAAAAUAAGUAUUAUUUAUAUGACUAUAUUUAUACGUUAAUUAAUUUAGUUAAAAAGUAAUUAUGCUUUUAAGAAUUAAAUGAUAAUUAUAGAAUUAUAUAGAUAGAUAAAAAAAUAAAUUAAAUAUAUACAAAUUAAAAAAAUAGUUAUAAUUUUUUUAGUUUUAAAAUAUUAAUAAUAAUUUUAUCCAGCUCUCAAAUUAAUUUAAAGAUUUUUUACUAUAAAAUAAAAUUUAUUUUUGUUAAUAAAUUUUAAAAGGACAAAAAUUUUUCAUAAAUUAUAUUUAACUAUCUUCAAACAAUCAUAUAAAAAUUAAUUUUAAUAAUUAUAAUUGUAUACAUAUAUAAUUUGCAUAAUUUCAAUAUUAAUCAAAGAAAAAAUAUUUUUAACAUAUAUUUUUCAAAUAAAUAAUAUUAAACAAUUAAAAACAUAUAAAUUUAUAAAAUUUAAUAAUAUUAAUUAAUUUUGUCGUAAAUUAUUGCAUUACAAUUUUAUAAUUAUAUAUUGGGACCAAAGUUUUAAUUUCUAUAUUGAAAGAAUUAAAGGAAUUCAAUAUAUAAUCUAAUGCUAACGAAUGCUAAACAAAUUUGCGACGAUAAAUGAUUUUUAUUAUUCAUGUAGAACAGCUUCCAGAAAUAUUACAAAAUUUAUGGAAUAAAAUUGCAAAUUUAUGGCAUUGCGUCGAUUUAACGAAUUCUAUUAUAAUUAUUGCAAUUGUAACUGUAAUUGUUUUUUUCGUUUGAAAUCUCGCAUAUUUUGAUAAAUAAAAAGAAAUAAAAUCUAAAAUAUAAAAAAUAAUUAUUUAACCGAAUUGAAAAUAAUUUAAAUUAUUUAUCAUUUUAUUAUGAUAUCUGUACAAUAAUUAAUAUUAAUAUUAAUAAUAAUAUAUUAAUAUUUAAUAAAUCAUUUUUUGAAUAUUUUUUUGACAAUAUAAAUUAUUAUUUUCAUAAUUAUUUAUUUAUUUUUAUAAUUAUAUUUUUUAUUUUAUAUUUUAUUUAUUUACAAAGUUUUUAAUUAAUGUUAUUAUUUAAUCAAAUGAUCUAAGUUAGGUUACUCGUAACUAGUAAUAACUAAUCAAAUUAUUUGUUAAAAAGAAAUUAUAAAUUUGUUUUAUAAAUGAAAGUAAAAAAAUUUAUUUUUUUCACAUGUUAUGUUUAUAUAAAUUAUAAUUAAUCAUCAAGACAAUCAUAAUUCGAAAAGAAUAUAUUAAAAAAUAAGCGAGGUUUCAAUAAAUUUAAAAUAAUAAAAAACCACAAGCGGAGAAAAAUAUUUCUCAAUAGAUAAUACUAAAGCAUUAAAGUGUGCCUAAUUUUUUGCAAUGUAUAAAUCUUAAUUUAAUUGUGAAUUGUUUUAGUUAAAAGUUUAAAUUUAUUUUUAUAAUAAUUCAAUAUUUGACAAUUAUUUGCAAUAUUUUAUUUUUAUUUUAAUUAUUUAUUUAGUAAUAGUUUUUAUUUUUUAAAUUUAUUGACAUUUAUUAUAUUAUAUUAUAUAAAAAUUAAAUUAAUUGACAUUUUAAACAUAAAUUAAAUAUUAUGUAAAUCAUUUAAAUAUUUUUAUGGUUUGUAAUGUAUCUUUUUUAAAAAUUUUUUAUUUUUACAAUUUCUAUUUCUCCCUUGAAUAUAAUAAGACUUUAAUCUGUAAUAUUAAGUUGUAUAAAUGUGUAGAUUUUAAAAUAUUCAUGUUAAAUUAAUUUCAAUAUAUAAGCAAUGUAUAAUUUCGAUAAUACAAGUAUUUGAUUUUUAAUUAUAUUAAAUUUUACACAAUAAUAAUAUAUUAAAUGUUAUAAUAUUAAGAUCUUAUCUGAUAAGAAAUAUUCUCAUUUAAUGAUAAUAUUUGAUCUAUCAAUUUCAUAGAAAGAAUUGUAAUUCAUAAUUUGUAUGUAAUGAAAAUGUAACAUUUAAAUAUUACUUUAAAUAAUUGGCUGAUAGGAAGAAAAGACUGAUAAUAAUGUAAUAAAGAAAAAAAUGAAAUCAGUAUUAAAUGAGAAGUAAAUAAUUGUUUUUCGUAGCAUUUAAUCACUUACAAUAUUUUUCUACUUGUAAUUUAAUUCAUUAAUUAAUAUAUUAUUAAUAUUUUUUUUAAGAAUCAAUCACUUUAGCACAUCUUGUUCAUAUAGCUUUUAUCUAUAUAAAUAAAAUAUAUAUUAAAUAAGCAUUA